CCAAUUGCUGCUGCGCUUGAUAAAUGUCUUCCCAAUCAAACUUCAUCGUCUUCGGGGCGUCAAAAAUCUAGGGUUGAUCAUACUGCUACUGCCGUGGAUUUCCCUUCCCCAAAUUUAUACUGUAUUUCCAGCUCGUGAACUUCCUGGCGAGAAUUCAGCACAACGAAAUUGUGAAGCUAGACAUCUCAUAUGGCUGCAUCUGAAGAGAACAGUGCGCUGUUUCCAAUAUUUGUAUUAACUAUAAUUGCACUGCCUCUAGUGCCGUACACUAUUGUCAAUUUGUAUCUGACAUUUCGAAAGAAGACUAAGAAUGCUACUUGCCGCUGUUCAGCGUGCUUCCAUUCUGGAAAGUACAGGAAAUCGAUAUUCACUCGUAUCUCGAACUUUUCAACUUAUAGCAACCUCUUUGUCGUGUUACUCUGGGUCGUUGUCGCACUCUUAAUUUUCUAUAUUAAGCAGACCAGCAGUGAGGGCCAAAUUUUUGAGCCAUUUUCAAUACUCGGGUUGGAGGCCGGAGCUUCUGAUUCUGAAAUAAAGAAAGCAUAUAGGAAACUUUCAAUUUUAUAUCACCCUGAUAAAAAUCCAAAUCCAGAUGCUCACAAGUACUUUGUGGAUUAUAUAUCCAAGGCUUAUCAGGCUCUUACAGAUCCUGUAUCGCGUGAAAACUUCGAGAAAUAUGGCCAUCCUGAUGGCAGACAGGGCCUUAAAAUGGGGAUUGCUCUCCCACAGUUCCUACUGAACAUUGACGGAGCAUCUGGUGGAAUUAUGUUACUUGGAAUUGUCGGAGUUUGUAUUAUUUUACCGUUGACAAUCGCUGUUAUAUACUUGUCAAGAUCAUCAAAAUACACCGGGAACUAUGUCAUGCACCAUACCAUAUAUGCUUAUUACCAUUUUAUGAAGCCUUCAUUAGCCCCGAGCAAGGUCAUGGAAGUUUUCAUCAGGGCUGCUGAGUACAUGGAAAUUCCAGUUCGUAGAACUGACGAAGAAUCACUUCAGAAGCUUUUUGUAUUAGUCAGGAGUGAGCUAAAUCUGGACCUUAGAAACAUCAAACAGGAACAAGCCAAGUUUUGGAAGCAACAUCCGGCUUUAGUUAAGUCUGAGUUGUUGAUGCAAGCACAUUUGACUCGUGAGACCUCCGCAAUGUCUCUAUCUUUACAACGAGACUAUCGGAAAAUGCUUUGCCUUGCCCCUCGACUUCUUGAAGAACUAAUGAAGAUGGCAAUCAUCCCUCGUACCCAGCAAGGGCAUGGAUGGCUGAGACCUGCAAUUGGAGUGGUUGAGCUUUCCCAGAGUAUAAUCCAGGCUGUCCCCCUCACUUCCAGAAAAGCUACUGGAGUAUCUAGUGAUGGUUACGGUCCAUUUCUUCAGCUUCCACACUUCAGUGAGUCGGUUGUCAAAAAGAUUGCCCGAAAGAAAAUACGAUCAUUUCAAGAGCUCCGCGAGAUGAACCCACAAGACCGCAAAGAUCUACUGACUCAGGUCGCCGGCUUUUCCUCCGACGAAGCCCAAGACGUCGAAAUAGCUCUCGAGAUGAUGCCUUCGAUCACCGUCGACAUAACAUGCGAAACCGAAGGAGAAGAAGGAAUACAAGAAGGAGACAUAGUAACAAUGCAAGCUUGGAUCACUCUCCACCGAUCGAACGGCAUCGUCCGCGCCCUCCCGCACUCUCCCUACUUCCCCCAUGACAAAGAAGAGAAUUUCUGGCUACUGCUCGCCGAUCCGUCGACAAACGAUGUGUGGAUGUCCCAGAAGGUCAAUUUCAUGGACGAGACGACGGCCAUAAUCGCCGCGUCGAAAGCGAUUCAAGAGCUGAAGGAAGGGUCGGGCGCGGGAAUGAAAGAAAUCAAUUUGGCCGUGAAAGAAGCCGUCGACAAAGUGAAGAACGGGUCGAGGCUGGUGAUGGGAAAGUUCCAGGCCCCGUCGGAAGGGAACUAUAAUCUGACGUCGUACUGCUUGUGCGACUCAUGGAUCGGGUGCGACGCUAAAUCCAAUAUCAAAUUGAAGGUUCUGAAAAGAAGCCGGGCCGGCACUCGGAAUGUCGUUUCGAGUACGGAGGAGACGCCGUUGCUGGAGGACGGAGCUGGCGAAGACGACGACGACGGAGGAGAUGAUAAAUACGACGACGACUAUGAGAGCGAGUACAGCGAAGACGAUGAAGAUGUCGUGGCUAAGGAUAGCAAAAGUGUCGUUGCCAAUGGCGCCGUUGCACAUUCGGCGAAUAGUUCGAGUACUGAUGACGGUUCGGAAAGUGAUAAAAAUUGAACCUUUUUUGUUUUUGUUGUUGUUUUUUUGGGGAUAUUGGUUAUGGAAGGACUAUAUAGAAACUAGAUCGAUCGUUAAGAAGAAAAAAGGGUUGAAUUUCUGGGAAAUGUUUGAUUUGGAUGGUGGAUGUCUGUUAUAAAUUAUUAACUUGAGGAUUGUUUGUUCACCAAAAUUUAGGGUAUGUUUCUU